UUUAGAUCAUGGCAGAGUGUUUGAGGUGAACUGAAGAGGGCACAUCAGAUAUGGAUUACAAUGAGAUCAGGGAAUAGUCUGAGCAGUUUUGCCCCAAAGGUACCCACGGGCCUCAUUGUAGCGUGAGGUAGUUGGGCAGUUCUCACAGUGUCAGACGACGUUGUUGUUGGAGGCGAAUUGUGGACAGAUGCCGGAUGAUUUCAUGAUGACGAAAGAAGACAAAGACGGUGAUUUGCCGUCACAUGACCAAGCCAGUGGAUUUUACGCCAAGUAUGAACCAAAGGAGGUUCUUGGAAAGGGUGUAAGCAGCACGGUGCGCAGAUGUGUGGAGAAAGUCUCAGGGAAGGACUUUGCCGUCAAAAUUAUAGACAUCAGCGGCGAGAAAGGGGAGGCCGAUCUGGUGGAGCAGACGAAGAAAGAAACCACGAUGGAAAUUAAUAUAUUACUUAUGUGCAAAGAUCAUCCAAAUAUAAUUGCACUCCAUGAUACAUAUGAGACACCCACAUUUAUUUUCUUAGUUUUUGAACUAUGUAAAAAGGGGGAGCUAUUUGACUACUUAACAGAAGUUGUGACUUUAUCAGAAAAAAGAACCAGGUUAAUCAUGAGACAGUUGAUAGAAGCUGUGGAGUUUAUACAUUGUAAAAAUAUAGUACAUCGUGAUCUGAAGCCUGAAAAUAUACUCCUGGAUGACAAUCUCAACAUAAAACUCUCAGACUUCGGAUUUGCCACUCAUGUUGCCCCGGGGGAGGAGCUUACAGACCUGUGUGGCACCCCGGCAUACCUGGCCCCUGAGGUUCUGGCUGUCUCUAUGUAUGAAAAUGUGCCUGGGUAUGGCAAAGAAGUGGACAUGUGGGCCUGUGGUGUUAUAAUGUACACCCUGUUGGUUGGGGCUCCACCAUUCUGGCACAGGAAGCAGAUGUACAUGAUCCGCUCUAUCAUGCAGGGCAGUUACAGAUUUGGCAGCCCAGAGUGGGACGAUGUCAGCGUCCUAGCUAAAGAUUUGAUCUCAAACUUCCUGAAAGUAGACCCUCGUCAAAGGUUAACUGCAAAAGAAGCUCUAGCUCAUCCAUUUUUCCGCAGAGAGGCGGUUAUAAAGAAGAAGUUUGAUGCCAAAAGAAAGUUCAGGGUUGGAAUUUUGUCGGUGCGGUUCUUCUUACGGCUACGACACUAUUACCUUCAUCCGCCGCCGAUUUCAGUGGAGACCGUCACACACAAUCCGUACGUUGUGAAGAACAUUCGUAAAGUGAUCGACGGCUGUGCAUUCCGCAUAUACGGACAUUGGGUGAAGAAGGGAGAUAAUCAAAAUCGCGCAGCGCUGUUCGAACACCUGCUUAAAGUCGACUGGAAGAGCGAGGAUAAAAGUUGAUCCUCUGAGAAAUUAGCUAUUUUUUUUUUAAUUAAUUUUUUUUUUCUUUUGGUUUUAUAUAUUACUGUGUUUUGAACGAGAGGGAUAGGUUAGCCACCAAGUUUUAACCACCACUGUCAAUGUCAUGCUGUUUUUUACUCCUGUAUUCUUAAGUUAUUUUUAAAUAUUAACACGGCAAUAACCGCAACAAUGUUUACAUUUGUGUAUUCUGUCUUGAAGUGUGUGCAUGAAGAACUGUGGAGCUCAUUUUUAUUAUUCUUAAAUUAUUGCUUUUUAACAUAAAUAUGUGAUCUUCACGUGCUGCUGAUAUUUCAGUUGCAUUUGUGAAA